AACGUGGAAACGGAAAAUGACUGUUAGUUGUUGCAAAUUCAGCUGUUUAUAAACUUCAUUUCCAGGACACACAUCCUGGCUGCAGGUGGUUUUUCGGUUGCCCCCCUAACUCUCUGUAGGUCCCGCCUACAGAGAGUCGGGCUGCUGCCAUUUCGUAGCGGACGCUGACACAAUCGAGCCUGUAAGUCGGACGAGCCGCGCCCGCCGCCGGACCCACAGCUUCGUCCCCUUCGCCUGGGUGAGAAGUUUUUUAAAUUUCCGCUGCAAGCAUGAGUGUAGCGGUGGCGGAGGGAUGUUUCCUGUCUGCCCUGCAGCCCAACUCCUCCUGCACCGCUUAUGUGGUCCCGUCGGACGGCCCGUCUCCGGACCCUGUGGCUAAAGCCAGGAGAGUCCAGGAGCAGGUCCGGAUGCGCCUCGCUGAGAAGAAAUCAUCCUCCCUGCCCAGACUGGACGACUCGCUGGUCGGAUCAACAGAUUACAGCCUUCCUGAACCAAAGAGCUUUGCCUUUACCCAUGGUUUCAGUUCCAGAUCCAUGAUCCACACACCCAGCCGCGUCAUAGCUGUUCCCACAGUGCCCCUUCACUCCUCUGGUUUCUCCUCUCACUCUGCUGUGGAAACCAGUUCCAGGAUGAGCCGUAAAUCAACCAGCGUGGUACAGAGCAGCUUCCAGGCCUCGCAGUCACAGCGCAGAAGCAGGCGCUCUAAGUCACUGUGUCAGGCCGACCAGGAGGGUUUACCUCCGACUGUGUCGGUUCCUCCAGAGAAUGCCUCCAACCCAGUCACUGUGCCUCCUCCAGGCACCCUUAGGCGCAGCCUCAGCGGGAUACUGGCCCAGGAAAGAGGCUACUGGCAGGUGGAGGAGCUGCCGUAUCAGUACACCUACAAAGGCCCCUCCCACCGAACCAUCAGCCGUAUCACCAACCGACAGCAGCACUACCAGCAGCAGGGCUCUGCGUAUGACAGGGAGGGCUGGCUGGGGACUGGCAGGGGGGUCCCCAUGGCUGGGGAUGGCUGGGGAACACAGUGGCAGCAGCAUGUAUCCAGGGCCAACCAGGUCAUGGGGACGGGGCAGUACCAGGCCACGCUCAACCGGGCCGCCUCGCUCCGCAGUGUGAGGAGUGUGGGGAAAGGAGCGGACGUCCUGGAUGGAGCAUCAAUACACAGCAAUGACCCACUGGGAGAGAUGCACAGUCUGGACAUGGCUACAGCUGUCAGAUAUCUGUCUGAAUCAGACACUGCCUUGCAAGUCCUGGGAGCUGCAUACAUACAACACCAGUGUUACCAUAGCAACGAUGCCAAAAACCAGGUCCGUGUGCUGCAUGGCAUUCCAGCUCUGGUUCAGCUUUUCACAAGUGACAACCGUGAAGUGCAGCGCUACGCCACUGGCGCCACGCGGAACCUCAUCUACGAAAACGCUGACAACAAGGUGGCACUCAUAGACGCCGGAGGACUGAUGCGUCUCGUCAGCAUCCUGAGCGAACCUGACGAGGAGCUUCGAAAGAUCAUCACAGGUGUCCUGUGGAAUCUGUCCUCCAGAGACAACCUGAAGGAGAAGCUGUCCAAAGAAGCUUUAUCAGAGCUGACAGAAAAAGUACUGGUCCCUCUGUGCAGCAGCAUUCCUCUGUGUCCGUCUGAGAAAGACAUCUUCAACAACACCACCGGCUGCCUCAGGAACCUGAGCUCAGUAAAUGAGAGGACGAGACAGAAGAUGAGAGACAUGCGAGGCCUGGUGGACUCUCUGGUGUCCUACAUUCAACAAGAGGAAGGGGCUGAUGACAAGGGUUUGGAGAAUUCACUGUGUGUGAUGAGGAAUCUGUCCUACCAGCUGUACACAGAGCUUCCUCCCUCAGUCCGACUCCGUCUGGAGGGCCCAACGAGAGACUCUGCCUCCAGGGACAGUUCCGCCAUCGGCUGCUUUACUCUGUAUGGCAAAAAAAACACUGAGCAGCGUAACCAGAAUUUGUCCAUACUGUCUGAGAUGUCCCGACAACCUAAAGGAGCUGAGUGGCUGUGGCACCCCAAGGUGGUGGGGCUGUACAAGCAUGUUCUACAAAACAGGGACAUCAGCUCCAACAGCCGCGAGGCUGCCAUAGGGGCCCUGCAAAAUAUCACUACAGGAGACGGCAGGUGGGCCUCAGUGCUGGGUGGUGUGGUGAUGGAGCAGGAGAAGAUGCUGCCCAUCCUGCUGGAUCUGUUAGACACCCACAGUGAAAUGGAACUGAGGCCUCUGACUGGCCUGCUGAGAAAUCUGGCCAGACACUCCACCAACAAAGACCACACAGCUAAGAACAUGGUGAGUUUUCUGGUGUCCAAGCUGCCCUCUGAUGGCCAUCAGAAGACGCCAUCAAGUGAGGUGGUGGUCAACAUGUGUGGAGCACUCAAUCACCUGGUCGCCUGCAGUUCCCUGGCAGCACGUGACAUCACGUAUUUCAAUGGCAUCCCGAAACUGGUGGGCAUUAAGUCAUUCCAUGAUAACAGCUCUGGGAGUGUAAAAGCUGCCAGAGCGGCCUCAACUGUCCUCUUCAACAUGUUCCAGUACAACAAGCUACACAAGGACUACAAACUGAAAGGAUUUACCAGACGAGACUUCACAGAUGCCAGCAUCUAGGCUGCCGCAUGUUACAUGAUUCAUUCUGAGCUUUUAACUUCUGGAUCACAAGUUGCUGUGAGGAAAAGAGGAGGAACAUCAAAAGGCUUUAAUGAGCAGAUUAUAUAACUGUGAUAGACUUACAGGAAGAGAAAAAUGGACUGGAGCCAAUGGAAUGAUGGGACUUUAAGUUUGCCCUCUUUUAGGUGGUUGUUGUUGACUUGGCUUAGCUUGCAGCAGAUAGCCUGUGCUGCCAGGAACCACAGAAAAGUGGACUUCACCCCCAAAACUAUUACAUGCUGUGUGUGUGUGUAUGUUUGACUGAUAUGGGUUUUUCCCACUGACACUGAUGUGAUGCCCACACACAAAUCAACACAUCCAGUAUGUGCGUGACUAAGCAGUCUGAAAAAAUGAGACAAAGGAAAAAGGAGAGAAGUCCUGGAAGAAGGUGCAGCUUGUUCUGUUCCCAAGCAAGUGACAUAGUGUUUAAAAAAAAAAAAAAAAAGACUUUCAGGGCCCUCAGCACUUUGUAUAUUA